AGUCUCUUAAAAUUACAUUUUGUCGUUUCGAAAUUCAAAUCACUUUCAGUAACUUCAAGCUAAAUUUAAUUUCUAUUGAAGAUGAAUACUACACAUAAAAAUGGAGCCGAAAAAACAUCGAAUAUCGACGGCGGUUUGUCAAGGAAUAUGCGACUAUACACCGAACUUGACUCGAAUGGCCAACUAGUCAGCCGGGAGCUGACCGCUUACGAGUGCCAGCUCGAAGAUGACGUGGAGCAUCUGCAAGAGGCACUUUUCACGAUAUCUUCGCAGUAUGCUAAGAUUCAGUUUCGCUUGCGCCAGAUAUCGUCGGCAACGACCUGCGAAAAGAAUUAUUUGCUCAAAGAGCUGGAGGACAUGGCGACCCAGGGAGUUGAUGGGCGUAACUGCAUGCCAGCGGGUGAGCUUCCCAGUCUGCGUUGUGACUCAACCAGUUUAGGCAACGUUCGCGUCAAACAGCAAAAGAUAAUCAGUCAGCUUCGAGAUCGUCUAGAAGACCUGGCCGAUGCCACAGGAGCUUGUUUUCAGGCGGAUACUACUGAAAGGUCCAAUGCGUACACAAAAAAGAUUAUUCCCUUUGGCAUAAUUGAACAGGAAAAUGUGAAAAAUAUGCCGAAGGAGAAGCCAAAAGUACGCUAUCUCUCAGAGAUCUGGUCGGGUAAUUCGGAUAUUGAGAGUUUGAAUUCAAAAUGGAAGUAUACUUGCAGGGGUAGUCCCAAGAGAGGAAAAAAGCUAGAGAGGAGUGAUAAAGACAGCACGAACUAAGCUCCCGUGCAACCCAUUACCAUUCAUAAGGACUUAAUAAUGACGACCAUUUACUGACCCUGCGUAAACAAACUAUAACAGAUGUAAACCAAUUCCAUCCGAAAUUACAGCCACAGACAUUUAGCUGCUUACUUCAAAAUAUUAACAGUGCUGGUAAGAUCAGAUAUAUGUACCUAUACAUAUAUGAUGGUAUGGAACCACACCCUAGCCGCAAACCAUACAUAGAUUUAAUGUGCAAUUGUUAUCAAAUUAAAAAAAAAGUGUUUGAUGGGCACUAAUUAUUUUGUCAUCAUUAGGAUACUUAAUUUGUUGAGAUUAUAAUAUUUAAAUUGUUUAAUUAAUCCAUAAGGCCAAAUAGUUAAAUAAACGGCAAUAUCGUCUCUAACU